AUGGAAGAACGUGCCCACCCUAGGCGCGAGUACUCGUAUGAACGUCCACGUCCCGCCCCUUACUACCUGGAUGAUGCUAGAGACACGUCUCGCGACGAUUGGGACCGUCGAAAAGAGCGUUUACGCCUUCGUGAUGAAUCAGGUACAUGGUCGCGUCAGGACAAACGUCGGGACAGCUUUCGACGCGAGACUCGACGUGAUGAUACGGCUUCCGUCCUGCGGAUGGUGCCACCAAGACGCGAGUCACCAUUGCCACGUCCUCAGCUCCAGACUCCUGUCAAAGUACGCAGUGGGCCGCGACCAGGUACACUGGCUCGGCGUGCGCGGCCUAAACCGGCACCGCUUCGCGAACGGACAUUCGUCGGUUGUAGUAACGUUCAAGCCUACGAAGUGUCGGUGAAACUUGGUCAGGGCACCUUCGGCGAGGUAAAACAGGGAAAGCAAAUUUCAACAGGGCGCAGUGUUGCAUUAAAGAAAGUCACGAUAUACGACGCCAAAGAUGGUUUGCCAAUUACUGCGCUGCGGGAGAUCAAGUUGCUCAAGGCCCUGAAGCACCCACAUAUCGUACCAGUCAUUGAUAUGGCGUAUAGGCCACCUACGGAACGACGAAAGAUGGGCGAAGUGUACAUGGUUGAACCCUAUAUGGAUCAUGACUUGAAUGGCCUGCUCGACAAUCCAAGUGUGCAACUGCCGAUGAACCAAAUCAAGCUUUAUAUGCGGGAACUUCUAGAGGGUAUGCUAUAUUUGCACAAGAACCGCAUUAUGCACCGAGACAUGAAAGCCGCUAACCUUCUCAUCGACAAUCAAGGCCAGCUUCAAAUUGCCGAUUUCGGUCUCGCGCGUCCGUUCCAUGAUCCUGAUGAAGCGUGGCGUUCGCGUGGCUGGGUUGGAUCACACAACUAUACUGAAAUGGUUGUCACACGCUGGUACCGCCCUCCUGAGCUUUUGGUGGGCCAGCGAAAUUACGGGCCGCCGAUCGACAUGUGGGGGGUGGGAUGUAUACUUGCAGAAAUGAUAACGCGCAAACCAAUUUUCAAAGGCACAUCCGAAAUCAAUCAGCUGGAGCUCAUUUCCGCUUUGUGUGGCUCACCGAAUGAUGACAACUUCCCUGGAUGGUCGAAAUUGCCUGGCGUGAAAAAUGCCACACCUUCAGGACGACCAGACAAUAACCCGAAUGUCCUAGGUCGACAUGAUUUCGGGCGGUACCCACGUGUCAUAAGACAGCACUUUACCACCGUUAUCGACUGUGGACGCGAAUGUGCUGAUCUGAUUGAUCGACUUCUUGUGCUCGAUCCAAGCAAGCGUCUCACAGCGGCAGAAGCACUUGAGCAUGAAUGGUUUUGGACAAAACCAUAUCCAGCUGAUCCAGCUUCUCUUCCGAAAUAUUUACCGUCGAAGGAGAUCGACCGCAACAAGCGCGAGUGGAAAAUGAAUCCCAACGUUGCCCCUAACACUGGUGUGCGUCCUUCGAUCAUGCCACGUCCUCCGAUGCUGAUGGCGCCUGGUUUGCCACAUGCACCUAUGAUGCCAGGUGUACCUGUCACUACGAGACCACCACCGCCAGCAGCUCAUCUAUCGUCUUCUGGCAAUGGCGCCUAUCCACCACUGCCUCGGCUUCCUGCUGCCCCACCGUCUGGAACAGGGUACGGACGCCAGAAGGAUUAUGGGUGGUACAACCCAAGCAUACCUCGUGGCAAUGCCCCCCCAAGACCUUAUUAG